UUACUUUUGAUAAAAGCGAACUCGAAUGCUGGACAUUAUUAAAAUCGUCAUACUGGUGGGGCGGUCAAGAAAUUUUAAAUACUUCUGCUCUGAUAUAUCUCGUAUUGUGUAUAGUGCGGGUUCAGUAAGAUAAUCAAAACAAAUAAGCGCACUACUCCACUACAACUCCGCGAUCGAUUACUUUGACUUAAAACUUAAACGAUAAAGAACUUAAAGUGAAGUAAUAAAAAUGUGUGAAAUAAUAUCCUCAAAGUGCUUAACUACCGUACAAGAAAGGGUUAACAUUGAGUUUGAUGGAAUCUGUUAUAAUGCAAAACAAAAUAAAGUUCGAAAACAAAUCUUGUCUAAUUUGACCGGUUCUUUCAAAUUUGGCGAAAUGACAGCAAUUAUGGGACCAUCCGGUGCUGGAAAAUCAACUUUAUUAAACAUUUUAACUGGAUACCAAAGAAAAGGAGUGAUUGGUGGUAUUAGAAAAGUAUCUUGCUACACAAAUGCGAUAAUAACGGACAAGUUAAGAAAAAAUUCCUGUUACAUUAUGCAGGACGACCGCUUAAACCCAUUGUUCACAGUUUGGGAGAUAAUGUCCAUUGCUGCUGAUCUUAAAAGAGGGCGAAAUUUAACCAAAAAAUCCAAAGAAAAUUUAAUUGACGAAAUCUUAACUUCUUUGGCUUUAACAACAUGUAAAAAUACAAGAUGUGGAAUGUUAUCGGGCGGACAAAAGAAAAGACUUUCGAUUGCUUUGGAAUUAAUUGACAAUCCACCAGUUAUGUUUUUAGAUGAACCAACAACAGGAUUGGAUAGUCUUUCAACGUACCAAUGCAUUUCAAUUUUGAGAAAUUUGGCCAAAGCUGGACGGACGAUUAUUUGUACAAUUCAUCAACCGAGCGCGACGAUUUUCGAAAUGUUCGAUCAAAUUUAUGUUUUGGCGAAAGGGCAAUGUGUUUAUUCGGGGCCCCCAACCAGAACAGUGGAGUAUUUGUCGAAUUUAGGGCUUUAUUGUCCCAAAUAUCACAAUCCUGCCGAUUAUUUGAUAGAAACAGCCAAUUGCGAUUAUGGCGAUUUAACGGAUUUAUUGGUUAGUUUUAACAAAAAGACCAAGUUUGAAGAGGGGCUUAUUUCAAAAGAAUAUGGCGAAGAUGUUGAAUUAACAUUAUCAAAUAAAGAUUCUUGCAAAUAUGAACCCCCAUCAGAAUUUUAUAAAUUUUCAGUUCUUUUAAAAAGAACCUUUUUACAUCUUUAUAGAGAUUGGACAGUCACCCAACUAAGAUUGGCUUUACACACCUUAAUAGGCACAUUUUUAGGGAUAAUUUUCCUAAAUUAUGGUAGUGAUGGUUCAAAAUCGGUUUCAAAUGCUGGAUUUCUUCUGAUUACUAGUGCUUAUUUAACAUACACUGCAAUGAUGCCCGCUGUACUCAAAUUUCCUUUAGAACUUCCUGUAAUAAAACGAGAACAAUUCAAUAAUUGGUAUAAAUUAAGAACAUAUUACGCUUCAUUUUUAGUGAGUCACAUCCCAAUUCAGGUGAUAUUUUGCAUUGCUUACGCAUGCGUGGCAUAUUUUCUUAGCGCCCAACCGGCUGAAGCUAAUCGAUUUUUUAUGUUUGUCCUUAUUUGUUGUUUAAUAUCGAUAUCAGCAGAAGGAAUGGGAACGGUUUUAGGAACGGUUGUAAAUCCCGUGAAUGGGACGUUUAUUGGUGCCGUAAGUUGCGCUGUGAUGAUCGUUGUUGGUGGAUUUCUUUGUUUCUAUCCGCAUAUGCCUAAAGUAUUCUACAUAAUGUCUUAUUUCUCGUAUAUAUCUUACGGAACCGAAGCUUUCAUGCAAAUCAUUUAUGGAUUUGAUAGGCCCGCUUUACCAUGUCCUUCCGAAGAAAUUUAUUGCCACUAUAGGGUGCCGCAGAGAUUAUUAAAAGAAAUGGGGAUGGACAAACCUACCUUUUGGGAGAACGUACUUAGUCUUUGCAUUUUUGUAGUGGUUUUUCGAGUGAUGGCCUUUUUAACGCUCAAAAGGAAACUUUCGUAACAAUAGUCGAUAUUAAGGUGUGAUACUAGAAUAGUUUAAAUAAUUAUUUAAUUUAUGACUUAACGAUUAUUAAUAAUCUCAUUAUGUACCUA